AAACACUUUUGGAGGAAGUGCUGAUACAAGAAGGCGCACAAGGAAAGGUGUAUAAGAGGAAAUCAAAAGGAUCUCCAUUGAAAUGGCUUUGAUCAAUGGGCAGUUCUGGUACAGAUGGACAAAUGACUGCUUUUUGCUUACUAUUAUUAGUUGGGGACUCCUCUUUCAUGUGGAUGCCUGGACUUACCACUAUGGGGCCAAUUCAGACUUAACCUGGGAAGAUGCACGGACAUUUUGCCAGACCUGGUAUACUGACUUGGUAGCAAUCCAGAACAAAGAAGAAAUUGCCUACCUCAAUGAGGUCUUACCAAAACAUUCAAAGUACUACUGGAUUGGGAUCCGGAAAAUUAACAACACUUGGACGUGGGUAGGAACCAGAAAGGCCUUGACCAAAGAGGCAGAGAACUGGGCUUAUCGGGAACCUAACAACAAGCGAUCCAACCAAGACUGUGUUGAGAUUUACAUUAAGAGGGACUAUGAAGUUGGAAAAUGGAAUGAUGAGCCUUGUGGGAAGAAGAAACGGGCACUCUGCUAUAAAGCGUCUUGUCAACCUUCCUCUUGCAACGAACGAAGUGAAUGUGUGGAGACCAUUGGGAACUACACCUGCCAAUGCUAUCCUGGUUUCUAUGGCCCUUUGUGUGAAAAUGUUGUACAAUGCAACAAGUUUGGCCCUCUCCAUCAGGCCCUGCUCUUGAAUUGCACUCAUCCACUGGAGCAGUUCAGUUACAGAUCUCAUUGCAACUUCAGAUGUGAUAAAGGUUUUACAAUAACUGGCCCGGUCAACUUGCAAUGUUUGUCAUCCGGGCAAUGGACAGCAGAAGAACCUCAGUGUGCAGCUGUCCAAUGCCAGCCAUUAAAUAUCCCUGAAAAUGGAAACUUCAACUGCAAUCAUAUCCACGGGGAAUUUCAUUACCAGUCUAGUUGCAACUUUAAAUGCAAAGAAGGCUUUCUGAUCAACGGAGCAGAGACCACUAUGUGUGAAGCAUCUGGAGCAUGGAGUGCUUCAGAGCCAACCUGCCAAGUUAAGCAAUGCCAGCCAAUUCAGCCACCUGCAAGAGGAAUGAUAGAUUGUGUAAACCCAAUCGGUAAUAAUAGUUACAACUCCACUUGCAGCUUUGGUUGUGAAGAGGGCUUUGAACUUAGUGAUUCCCAGCCUUUGAUUUGCAGCGCAUCUGGUCAGUGGACGUCUCCCAAACCAACAUGUCAGGCUGUUCAGUGCCAGCCCCUAGAGGCACCUGCUCAUGGAAAUACUACCUGUGUUCAUCUCCAUGGGGAAUUUCAGUACCAAUCCAACUGCACUUUCCUUUGCACCAAGGGUUUUCGGUUAUUUGGAAGAGAGGUCACUGAGUGCACAGCUUCAGGAAAUUGGACAACUCCAGCCCCAGUUUGCCAAGCUGUCCAGUGCCAGCCAUUAAAUAUCCCUGUAAAUGGAAACUUCAGCUGCAAUCAUAUCCACGGGGAAUUUCAUUACCAGUCUAGUUGCAACUUUAAAUGUAAAGAAGGUUUUCUGAUCAACGGAGCAGAGACCACUAUGUGUGAAGCAUCUGGAGCAUGGAGUGCUUCAGAGCCAACCUGCCAAGCUGUCCAGUGCCAGCCAUUAAAUAUCCCUGAAAAUGGAAACUUCAGCUGCAAUCAUAUCCACGGGGAAUUUCAUUACCAGUCUAGUUGCAACUUUAAAUGCAAAGAAGGCUUUCUGAUCAACGGAGCAGAGACCACUAUGUGUGAAGCGUCUGGAGCAUGGAGUGCUUCAGAGCCAACCUGCCGAGCUGUCCAGUGCCAGCCAUUAAAUAACCCUGAACAUGGAAACUUCAGCUGCAAUCAUAUCCACGGGGAAUUUCAUUACCAGUCUAGUUGCAACUUUAAAUGCAAAGAAGGCUUUCUGAUCAACGGAGCAGAGACCACUAUGUGUGAAGCGUCUGGAGCAUGGAGUGCUUCAGAGCCAACCUGCCGAGUUAUGCAAUGCCACCUUUUGCAGAAUCCUAAAAAUGGGGAGAUGGCCUGCUCUCACCCAUUUGCAGAGUUUGCUUACCAAUCCACCUGUCAGUUUGCAUGUGAACCUGGCUUUCUCUUGAAUGGAACAAACACAACCUCCUGUUUGGCAACCAGGCGUUGGAGUUCUCCAUUACCAGCAUGCCAUGUUAUUGAAUGCUCAAACCUGGAUACUCCUCAAAAUGGAGAAUUAAAAUGUUCUCAUCCACAUGGAAGUUUUGCUUAUAAUUCCAGUUGUGCCUUCUCCUGUGAUGUGGGCUUUGUACGCAUUGGAACAAGUCAACUUCAGUGCACACAUUUGGGAAAGUGGUCUGCAGCCACACCCAGUUGUGAAGCUACCAAGUGCCCAUUUCUACAAAGGCCUGCAAAUGGCCAUUUAAAGUGUCUUCACCCUCAUAGCCAUUUUGCAUAUGGCUCCAGUUGCAACUUUUCCUGCAAUGCCGGUUUUCAACUGGUUGGGCAAGCAACACUUGAUUGCACAGCAUUAGGAAACUGGACUCAAGAAAUGCCUUUCUGUAAAGCUGUCCAAUGCCCACCCCUGAAAAACCCAGAGAACGGCAAAGAAAAUUGCUCUAAUCCUUAUGGACAUUUUGCAUAUUACUCCAGCUGCACCUUCUCCUGCGACUCUGGGUUUGAGUUAGCCGGAUCAGAGAAGCUGAACUGCACAAAUCAGGGAAACUGGACUGGAGAGACACCCAUCUGUGAAGCCAUAAAGUGUCCCCCCCUUAAAGAGACGGAGAACAUGAAAAAGAACUGCUCCCAUCCCUGGGGCCCCUUCAGCUACCGCUCCGCAUGUCGCUUCUACUGCACCGAGGGCUCCACUCUCAAUGGAACGAGUAGGAUGCACUGCCAACCUGAUGGGCGGUGGUCUGCUGAGAUGCCUGUUUGUCAAGAAAACGCGGCCAAUUACCUAAAGCAAGUUUUGCUCUAUGCUGCUGGAGUCACAGCAUCCCUUGUUGUUUUGAUGAUCUCUGGGGGUCUGAUAGCCCUAGCAAUUAAGCGUCUUGGCAAAAGAGAGGAGAAAAAGAAGCUGUUAAGUCAUAGCAGUGAGUUGGGGGUACCUGGUACAUAUUCCAAUUCAGGAUUUGACUCGAUCUCCUGAGAACUCAUCGAGAACAUGCUAUGAAGAAAAAUGCUGAUGCAAUGGAAUAUUCAUACAACUCAUUCAGUUCUGUUAAUAUUGAUUAAGAUUUGAGCUCAUUGAAAGUCAGAGAAAAUAAAUUAAUAUUUGAAACAUGUAGCUUUAAAAGCUAAAUUACAAGCUUCCAUUCACCAUCCAGUUGCAGCACUUAAAGGACCUCAAAACUUACUAGAAUUCAUUGUCAUUUAUCUUCUGGCAAGAUGUUCUGAAAUGACCUAUGUUCUUCCCAUGUUUUGGAUUUUUAACUACUUAUAACAUUGCUAACCAUUAUUGCUAAGAAGAUGCUGUACAUAUGCAAAGAAGUCUUUUUGGGAAAUUGUGGCUGAUUUUCCAAGAUAUUUCAACAUUGAGUUAAAAAAAGAAGAAGUGCAGAUUUAAAAAUUGUUUCUAUUUUCUUGUAUCAAGAUACAGAUGUAAAGACUUAAUAACUCUUGCUUCUUUCAAUGCUUGGUUUUCAUAAUACAAAAAAAUAUACAAAAAAUAGACAAAAGACAACUGUGCUCCAUAUUUUUGAAGGAGAAUAUCCAGUUUUUGCACGCCCUUGAGACUUUACUAGAAAUGCUUCACAUACUUGAAUGUAUCUUUUAAAAUAAUGGUUAGAAUCUUAUUUUCAAAAGUGUAGAAAGUUAUCACACAGCCCUC